AUGGCUAUCGCUGACGCCGUUCUUGAUGAGCCGCCUACGUCCUCUUCCACGAUCGAAUCCAACAUUAACAGUAGCUCAAACAUACAACUUCCAAAGAUUGACUUACCAAAAUUUGACGGAAUUCUAAUUAACUGGAUCUCAUUUCGGGACACUUUUAUUUCUUUGCGGUGUAAGGUAUUGGAAAAUAUUAGAAGUUCGGAAAAAUUGGUUACCCACUCAACAAAAAUCAAGAACAACCCAAGUUCUCGUGCGGCGUUGACUAUUGCUAACGCGAAUGCUACUUCGCCGGGUACCUUUUCUGAGCUUAAUCAAGGACGAAAGUUUCAACGCAGUUGUGCGUAUUGCAAACAGGAUCAUGCCAUUUAUCGAUGUCAAGCGUUCUCGAAACUUACGGUAGUCAAACGACGUGAAUUUGUAUCGUCAAAUAAACUUUGCAUCUCAUGCAUGAAUCCCUCACACUCGGUGUCAGUCUGCGCGUCAAAGUAUAACUGCAAGACUUGUGGUGAACGUCACAACACCCUUCUGCAUUUAAAAUCCGAAAACAAGCAUUCUCAGCCUGGUCCGUCGUCGAAUCAUGUGAUCACAACGAAUCAGUCCGAUUCCAUCGAACCAAAAACUCAGUUUGUUGGCACGUCUUACACUAAUAAUACUGUCGUUCUCGGGACGGCUUGUGUCCGUAUUCAGGAUCGCUGCGGUAGCUAUCACUCAGUGAGAGUAUUAUUAGACAGUGGAUCACAGAUAUCAGCCAUAACUUCUGAGUGUGCCAACCGUAUCGGCUUGGGUCGUCAAAAAUGUCGCACGGAGAUAUCAGGCCUAGGCCAGAAUCAAGUCAUACCAGUCAAGGGUCGAACUGAAUGCUCGUUCAUUCCAGGUCAAUCCAUGGAACCAGUUAUCAGUUGCAAGGAAGUGUUGGUCCUUCCACGAAUUACUUCAUUCAUGCCAGCCAGACCUUUACCAUUAAGUGUACGUGCGCAGUAUCAAAACCUCCAACUCGCGGAUCCGGACUUUGAUAGACCUGCCCGGAUCGAUAUGCUUCUUGGUUGCGAUGUUUUUCCUUAUUUAAUUCGCCCUUGUUCGAAAAUCAUACAUUCAGAUAGCUUACCGUCAGCGUUAGAUACAUAUCUUGGUUGGGUUUUAGUUGGUACAGUGGUCAAUUCUUCAUCAAACGAUAAUUUGGCUUCAUCCAAUUCUUUAUCGAUCACGUUAAAUCCAUCUCUGGAUACAUUGCUGCACCGAUUUUGGUCCGUCGAAGAGCCUGCAACGCCAUCUAUCCCUACCACAGAGUACGAACUUUGUGAAAAAUGGUUUAAGCAGACUGUAUCGCGGAACUCGUCGGGUAGGUUUUACGUUGCAUUACCCUUCCGAGACGUCGUCUUUGCCGAGACAGGUUCACAACCUGUCACUACCGUCUCCGACUUGUCGUCCUCCCAUGGGCUCGGCUCCUCACGAUCGAUGGCCCUCAAACGGUUAUUUAAUUUGGAACAACGACUGAGUAAAGACCAGGCUCUAUACGAUGCUUACCGGUCAUUCAUGGACGAAUACUUGUCAUUGGGCCAUAUGAAGAUUGCGACACGACCAGGAAAGUAUUUCAUACCUCAUCAUGCGAAUAAUGUUGACGAAGAAAUGGUAGAUAAUCCUGGUAGUAAUAAAGAAAAUAAUGCAAAUCAAUUGCCCUCCACUUCCACCUCUCAAACUCCAUUAACACCAGUAAACUUUGAAGCUUUAAAUGUUAGGAAAAGAAAACAAACAGAUAUUGCACAGUAUGUUCCCAAGAAAAUGACAUUAGAUACACAAAAAAAAAUCGAUGAUGCCCUCUUGAAAAUGUUCACUAAAGAUUUUCAACCCUUUAAAAUGGUUGAAGAUGAGGGAUUUAAAAAUGUUGUACAUUUAUUAAAUACGUCAUAUAAAAUCCCAAAUCGUCAUACAUUAUCUAAGGUUAGCAUACCGGCAUUAUACCAAAAAUGUCUAAAUGAAACUAAAGAAAUGGUAGCGACUGAAGCUGUAAGUGGUUGUAUAACAACUGAUUGUUGGACGUCUCGGAAUAAUGCAGGUUAUAUAGCAAUUACAUUCCAUUUCAUUGACAGUUGCUUUAAACUGAAAUCCGUAUUGUUGAGCUGCCACGAAUUCUCAGAUAAUCAUACCAGCCUAAAUUUGAGUACAAAAAUUAAAUCAAUCUUAGUAGAUUGGGAUUUAGAGGGCAAAAUUAUAUUUGCCGUUUCAGACAAUGCAAGUAACAUACAGUUGGCAUUAACUAAGUUGGAGCUCAAACAUUUUGGCUGUUUUGCUCAUACCUUGAAUUUGAUUGUACAAGCAGCGCUACGUACACAAUCAGAACUGCUGGAUAAAGUUAAAGCGAUAGUAACUUAUUUUCGUAAGAGUACAUCUGCAAAUAAAAAAUUUAAUGUUUAUCAAACAAGUAAUGGUGCCAAAGAGCCUAAAAAGCUUCUACAAGGUGUUAGUACCCGAUGGAAUUCCACUUUUUAUAUGCCCGAGCGUUUUGUUGAGCUUGAAACUUCUAUUCGGGGAACACUCGGGCUUCUUGACAAUUCACCAAAAGGAUUAACUUCAGACGAGUGGAAAGUAAUCAAAGAGCUUAUUCAUAUUCUACGUCCUUUUGAAGAAGCAACUAAGGCUGUUAGUGGUGGUAAUUAUAUGACAGCUUCUAUAGUUAUUGUUAUAGCACAGGGGCUAAUAAAUGUUUAUGAACAACUGCAGAAACAGAAUUAUACAUUAAGGGUCAAUGAUGUAAUAAAAAAUAUAUUAAGUGGGAUGAAAGAAAGAGAUCGAUGGGGAAAUAUUGAAAAGAGUAAAACCUUGGCCCGCUGUACGUUUCUCGAUCCUAGAUUUAAAGAUGUUCCAUUUAGUGAAGUAUUGCAACAGACAACCAAAACCGAAAUCAUCCAGUUAACUACAGCCAUAAUAUCAUCAAGUGGGACUGGGUUAUCCGAGGAGCAAUCAAUUCCAAAUGAUUCAACCGAACCUAAAAAUAAUUAUUCAAUUUGGAGUACCGUUGAUACUAAAGUGGCCCAAAAGAAACCUGUUGGCACAAAUACAUCUAGGGCAAUAAUAGAAGUACAGUGGUAUUUGGAAGACUCACUGCAACAAAGAAAUGCAGAUCCUUUGGAAUGGUGGCAAGAAAAUAAUCAUAAUUACCCAUAUUUAAGCCAGUUAGCUAGGAAAACACUCUGUUGUCUUUUCACAUCAGUGCCUUGUGAACUCGUGUUUUCAAAAUCUGGGUUAUUGAUUAGUGAUCGGCGUACUAGAUUAAGCAGUAAUAAAGUAGAGAUGCUCAUGUUUCUUAACCAAAAUACCUAA